AUGUGUUUUAUACGCGGUAGACCAAGACAUCCACAAUCUCAAGGUUGUAUUGAGCGUGCCAAUGGUGUACUCUGUGAUGCAUUAGGCAAAUGGAUGACACAAAAUGAUACAACUCAUUACACAAUUAAAACAAGUCCUUAUCAGGUGAUGUUUGGACAAGCGCCGAGAUCGGAUAGUGAUUUUUGGAAAUUAGUUGCUCAAGAUGAAAUUUUGGAUGAGGAAGAUUUACCAACUCCCGUUGCUUUGCAUGGUGAUGUUGAUGAUGAUGUAGUAAUUUCAAAAGGACAAGAUACCACGUGGGAUGAUGGUGACUCCACUGUUUUUAAAUUGGCGUGUCAAUAUGGUGUACUACAAAAUUCAUUCUCAGUUGAUCAUUUUGUUGAAUUAAAAUCUUCUUGCCCACAAGUUUUAAAAGAAUUGAAUAUUGGUGAAUUGAAUGAUAUAAGUUUCAUUGAAGCAUAUAAAUUGUUUGCUAGAGGAUCAGUUAGUGGUACAACGUGUGAUUCUGCAAAAUCGUUUAUUCACGAUUAUAAUCAUUCAAUUCAAGAAUCAAAAACAUUGCAAGCACGAUUUAAUGAUUUAUCAAAAGAAAUCGAAACAGAUAAUAAAGCAAAACUCAUAGCCAUCUCAUUAAAAUACAACAUUCUCUGUUCGUACACUGCAUUUGUCGGUGUUGAAAAACGUUGGACCGGUGAUAAUUCUCGUAUGCAACUACGAGAAGUACCUAUUGAAAUUGCUGAUGAUGGUAAGAAUCAACGUAAGACGAGAAUGAAUACUGUCUUAAGCGGUGCUGUCCGCCACAGAAAAUUUAUGCCCAGUGCUACCUCCUCAUACUGUCUGCCCGGUGAUACCCUCUCAUACUGUCGAAAAGAAGAAAUGAAAAAGAAGCAGAAAGCGCUGAUAAUGAACUGCUCAAAACCCAUUGUUAUCGCUGGGACAAUGAUAAGAGGCAAAAAUAGCUAG